CUAUUGUACCAGUGACACAAUAUGUAUAUGUCAAUGAUAAUGUGACAUUUGAAUGUGCUAUUAAUGUGACUCAAUUUGGCCUCUUUUUUGUGACUCAUCCAUCAGUUGAUGGUUCAGUAUUAUCCUCUAGUGGAAUGGCAUCACUCAUCUUAACAGCAACAAGUGAAGUAAAUGGUACAGAAGUUACCUGUAAAGUACACAAUAAUGGAGCUACCACUAAACCAGCAUAUCUAUAUGUACAAGGUCCACCUGAUAGUGUCAGUAGUUUAACAGGAUAUCAGUUAGAUUCUUGUUGUAUGUUUAUCAGUUGGUAUCCUCCAUUCACACUACCAGGACUAACAGUACAGUAUAUAAUCAGUGUAGGAACUGAUCAACAGUACCUUAAUGACUCUAUCACUAACUACACUUACUGUCCAAUGGACCCAACCGAUAAACAAUAUCUGUUUAACAUUACAACUACUAAUAAAGCUGGGAAUGGAUCUACUAGUAACAUAGCUCUUGGAUUUCAAUUAACAAUAGAUGUACAGUUAUAUGUAACUGAUAAGGAAAGAGGGAAUGUAAAUUGGACUUUUCAUUUCAUUGUAUCUGUUCAUCAGUUUUGUACUAAUGCACCACCACUAAUGGACAUUACAUUGAAAGGAUGUACUAAGGAUAACUGUUAUUCAACAACAAAUGUAUCCAUAAGCAAUAGUUCUUAUAAUAACAUUUCACUUGUUGUUCAAUUUCCAUCAAAUAAGACACUGAAAACUAAUGCUACCUUGUACUAUCAAAAUGGAGUUACAGUUCAAAGCAAGACUAUAACAAUCAGUACUCAUGACCUGAACUUGGCAUUGAUUAAUGUUACAUCAAAUUCUGUUUGUGUUCAGUUUCAGUUUGUCAAUGGCAGUACACUUUAUAUUAAUUACAUUCACAUUAUUGAUAGUCAAGGCCAGUUUCAUUGGGAUGACCUCAAACCUUUUAAUGAUUCAUUGAACUUUAUUAAGUGUUUUGAUGGCAUACCAGCUGGUAAUAACUUAACACUGCAUGCAUGUGAAUUCGAAACCUUUUUCAAUAACUGUAUAUCUAAUCCUCCUGCUGUAAUAACUGGUAUUAAUAUUACUAGUGACUCUACAUCUUCAGUUUUAUUGUCAUCAGUUCAUUCAUCAUCAGUAUCACUCACAUCAGCAGCAUCGACUACUCCAUCAAUGAUGUCU